AUGGUUGGCAAAUUAAAAAAUCAAUGUUAUACGGGGAUACAAUAUAUAGGGGAGGUUGAAGUAGAUAAAUCCUUUGUUGCUGCUACUAAAUGUCAAUUGAGCUAUUUUAAGGAACUUUAUUAUCAAUGUUCACGACACCAGAGCCUUUUGACUGUGGAAUCUAUUGUUCAACAUCCCGCUGAUGGGACUGACUUACUUGUAUGUGAAGUGGUCCAAACUUUAAAUGAUUAUUUUGAGGAGCAGAAACUUGAUGGGGCAGAAGUGACUGAAACUCAGUGGUGGGAACAUAUCUCUGAGAAAUUUCGAAGAAUUUUUAGAGAUGUGAUUCAAGGGAUGAUGUUCUUAUACUCAGCAACUGAUUAUGAUUGUGGGGACUUGUCAUUCAAUGUGUUUGUUACAAAAAGUGGCAGAGGGAAGAUUUUGCCAAGCAUGGUUAAGAGAACUGGAACGAAACAAACUGUAGAUCAUAUCAAAAUACUCAAAGAUUUAAUGAAGACAGUCAUUGCUUUUCCAUUCAGUGGCAUUACAGAAAGUUUGGAGCUCCCACUUGAACUACAAAGGUUUUUGGAUUUUGAACAUUCGAGAUGGUAAGUUUAGCACACUAACUUUAAAUCUAUAGUUGCAUGACUAUCAAAUUUUGUACUUGCGUUACUCAUAGUUUAUGUUUCUUGUUUUUUAGUUUCAGUCCGGCUUGGUUUGUGAUUAAUUGUCCCUUUUUCUGGACCGUGGAAGAACGGAUCCAGUUUGCGCAUGAGCUAAAGAUGUUGAUCAAGCUUAAUCUGAAGUUUAGAUAUACGAUUGAAGCAUGUCUUGAGGAUGCAAAUUUGUUUUCUAAUUGGAAUGAUGUUGUUGUUGAUGGCAUUUAUAAGAAGAUACUGGACUAUCAUGGACCAACAACCUCAAAUGCUGAAGAUGAUGAUGCAGAUGAAUCAGCAGCACAUGCAAAAUCCAAAGGUAUGACAUUACUAACUUUCUGCAAUAAAAUUCUGAACACACCUCAUGUUACAAAGUUUUGCGUUAAUAACAAACUGCUGCAUAGGAUCUAUAGGUUUAUUUUAAUCUUCAUUCCCAGGGGUCCUUAAUUUCUUUCUAAGUAACAUGCUUAUGAGAUUCUAAGAUAUUAGUACUAUAUGCAUAUACUUUCAUCAAUAUUUAAAAAAAUAAAUAUUAUAUACCAAAAGAUCAUUUAUAUAUCAUCUACUAGAAACAUACAAAAGGCUGUGCAUAUUAGCCUAUACAACUACUGCCACAUAUUGGUUCAUACAAAAGUACCACUUGCCCAGAAUAUAUAUACAUAAUAAAGUUUAAUAAAGUAACCUGCUUUUUUAUAAGAAAACACAUAUUUAUUCUAUUGAGUUAUUGCAGUAAGCAACUUUGGUUAUCGCUCUAGAGUCGACAUUUGUCGAUUUUUUGUUGCAGCAUACUCGCAUUUGAAUGAUCAAAAAUAUCCAGGUUAGUAAUGCGAGUAUGCUGCAACAAAAAAUCGACAAAUGUCGACUCUAGAGCGAUAACCAAAGUUGCUUACUGCAAUAACUCAAUAGAAUAAAUAUGUGUUUUCUUAUAAAAAAGCAGGUUACUUUAUUAAACUUUAUUAUGUAUAUAUAUUCUGGGCAAGUGGUACUUUUGUAUGAACCAAUAUGUGGCAGUAGUUGUAUAGGCUAAUAUGCACAGCCUUUUGUAUGUUUCUAGUAGAUGAUAUAUAAAUGAUCUUUUGGUAUAUAAUAUUUAUUUUUUUAAAUAUUGAUGAAAGUAUAUGCAUAUAGUACUAAUAUCUUAGAAUCUCAUAAGCAUGUUACUUAGAAAGAAAUUAAGGACCCCUGGGAAUGAAGAUUAAAAUAAACCUAUAGAUCCUAUGCAGCAGUUUGUUAUUAACGCAAAACUUUGUAACAUGAGGUGUGUUCAGAAUUUUAUUGCAGAAAGUUAGUAAUGUCAUACCUUUGGAUUUUGCAUGUGCUGCUGAUUCAUCUGCAUCAUCAUCUUCAGCAUUUGAGGUUGUUGGUCCAUGAUAGUCCAGUAUCUUCUUAUAAAUGCCAUCAACAACAACAUCAUUCCAAUUAGAAAACAAAUUUGCAUCCUCAAGACAUGCUUCAAUCGUAUAUCUAAACUUCAGAUUAAGCUUGAUCAACAUCUUUAGCUCAUGCGCAAACUGGAUCCGUUCUUCCACGGUCCAGAAAAAGGGACAAUUAAUCACAAACCAAGCCGGACUGAAACUAAAAAACAAGAAACAUAAACUAUGAGUAACGCAAGUACAAAAUUUGAUAGUCAUGCAACUAUAGAUUUAAAGUUAGUGUGCUAAACUUACCAUCUCGAAUGUUCAAAAUCCAAAAACCUUCGUAGUUCAAGUGGGAGCUCCAAACUUUCUGUAAUGCCACUGAAUGGAAAAGCAAUGACUGUCUUCAUUAAAUCUUUGAGUAUUUUGAUAUGAUCUACAGUUUGUUUCGUUCCA